AUGAAUCUUACACCCAAGCGCAAGUGGUACCUAGCAUUUGUGAUUGCAGUCAGUGCUGGAGGAGUACGUUUAGUGGAUGGCCCAUACAACUGCUCUGGCAGGGUGGAGGUGUACUAUGCAGGCCAGUGGGGUACAGUGUGUGAUGACAACUGGGACCUGCUGGAUGCCAAGGUAGUGUGUAGAGCACUGGGCUGUGGGGCAGCCCAGAAGGCCCUGGACCAGGCCCACUUUGGCUGGGGUAAGGGGGAAAUCUGGCUAGAUGAUGUGGAAUGUUCUGGGAAUGAAGAGUCACUGCUUAGCUGCAGCUCAGAUGGACUGGGGUCACACAACUGUGGACACUUUGAGGAUGCAGGAGUGAUAUGUGAGGGUCAGUCAGCUGGCUUGACAGUGCGCUUAGUUGAUGGUCCCAAUCACUGCUCUGGAAGGGUGGAGGUCUACCAUGAUGGGAGUUGGGGGACAGUCUGUGAUGAUAAUUGGGGUUUCCUAGAUGCCCAAGUUGUAUGUAGGGAGCUGAGCUGUGGACCAGCCACAGAGGCUCCUCACCAGGCUUACUUUGGUGAGGGGAGUGGCUCAAUCCUAUUGGACGAAGUGGCAUGCAUGGGAAGUGAGGGAUCUUUACUGGAAUGCAACUCAGGAGGGAUAGGAAACCAUAACUGUGGCCAUGAUGAAGAUGCCAGUGUAACUUGCAUGAUGGUGGUCCCAGAUGAUGGCCCGUUGAUCCGGCUGGUGGAUGGUCCUGAUCAGUGUUCAGGGAGGGUGGAAGUGUAUUAUGCGGGGCAGUGGGGUACGGUGUGUGAUGAUGACUGGGACGUGAGCGACGCUAACGUGGUCUGCAGACAGCUCAGCUGUGGGUGGGCUAUGGAUGCCCCCGGACAGGCCUGGUUUGGUAUGGGAGUUGGCACUCCCAUUCUGCUGGACAACAUAGCCUGUGUUGGCACAGAAGGCACUCUCUUUGACUGCCCCUCUGAGGCGAUAGGUCAUCAUAACUGCAUGCAUCCUGAGGAUGCGAGUGUGGUCUGCUCAGAUUAUUUACCUAUCAAAGCUGGACCUUCAAUUCGCUUGGCCGGUGGCUCCAACAACUGCUCUGGUAGAGUAGAGGUGUUCCACUCUGGCCAGUGGGGUACAGUGUGUGAUGAUGACUGGGAUCUGAGGGAUGCCCAGGUGGUGUGUCAAGCACUGAGCUGUGGGAUGGCCCAGGAAGCCCCAGGUAGAGCCUGUUUUGGUCAGGGCUCAGGACCCAUCACUCUGGAUGAUGUGUCGUGUGAGGGCACAGAGAGAUCAUUACAAGACUGCAGCGGAAGUGAACCAGGGGUACACAACUGUGACCAUAAUGAGGAUGCAGGAGUCAUCUGUGCAGAUGGCAUCUUUGAAGUGCGUAUAGUCAACGACCCCAACAACUGCUCUGGUAGAGUGAAGGUGUUCCACUCUGGCAAAUGGGGUACAGUGUGUGAUGAUGACUGGGAUCAGAUGAAUGCCUGUUCUGGCUCUGAAGACUCUUUGCUGCUGUUUCCCCACAAGCUUCUGGAAAUCAGAACUGAGAUUACCCACCUCAAGUUGGACGAGGAGUUCUUCUUCAAUGAGUCGGACGCGAGGGAUAUACUACGGACGCCCAACCAGGCCCAGAUCCCCUCAAAUUUAUUCUUGUAUUUUACAGAUGGCACUUCCAGAGUGCGUCUGAUCAACGGCACCAACAACUGCUCUGGUAGAGUGGAGGUGUUCCACUUUGGCCAGUGGGGUACAGUGUGUGAUGAUUGGUGGGAUCUGAGGGAUGCCCAAGUGGUGUGCAGAGAGUUGGGCUGUGGAGACGCUCAAGAGGCCUUUAGAUCUGCAGAGUUUGGAGAAGGAAGUGGCUCCAUCUCUCUGGAUGACCUGGCUUGUUCUGGCUCUGAAAACCUUUUGCUGCAGUGCUCCCACAGUGGACUGGGGAACCAUAACUGUGGCCACCAUGAAGAUGCAGGAGUCACCUGCACAGUUUUCUUGUAUUUUACAGAUGGCACUUCCAGAGUGCGUCUGGUCAACGGCACCAACAACUGCUCUGGUAGAGUGGAGGUGUUCCACUUUGGCCAGUGGGGUACAGUGUGUGAUGAUUGGUGGGAUCUGAGGGAUGCCCAGGUGGUGUGCAGAGAGUUGGGCUGUGGAGAAGCUCAAGAGGCCUCUAGAUCUGCAGAGUUUGGAGAAGGAAGUGGCUCCAUCUCUCUGGAUGACCUGGCUUGUUCUGGCUCUGAAGACUCUUUGCUGCAGUGCUCCCACAGUGGACUGGGGAACCAUAACUGUGUACACUAUGAAGAUGCAGGAGUUACCUGCACUGCUGAGCUUUCACAGGUGUGCCCCGUCAGCACUGAUGACCCUCCCAGCUCCGCCCACCUCUCCUACUCCGCCCACCAAUCUCCUGCAGGAAGUAAGCGCAUCAAAACACAGUAG